GAGUCCUGCUAGUUUGCUAGCAAGCUAGCUGUUGCAAAUUUCUAAUUUAGGUUUCGUUGAGAUUAAAAAUGCUUGCGCAGUCUUUAAGACCGUGGUUGCUUCGUUGCAGGGGCUUGUCGUUGACUUGUUCAAGAACGUACUACGCAGACAAAGUAGCUCGACUCGGCUCUCAGCCCGAUAAGCACUCUCCUGAAUAUCAGGAAAAUUAUGAACGAAUGAAAGUUCUGGUUGAUGAACUGAGAAGCCGGACAGAGAAGGUUAAAUUGGGUGGAGGAGAAAAAGCACGAAGACUUCACACUUCUCGAGGGAAACUUUUGCCUAGAGAGCGCAUAGACAAACUGCUAGAUCCAGGGACACCAUUUUUAGAGUUUUCCCAGUUUGCAGCGUAUGAGUUGUACGGAAAGGAGGAAGUACCAGCAGGCGGUAUAAUCACUGGGAUCGGACGAGUUUCUGGGGUGGAAUGUGUUGUUGUUGCAAAUGAUGCCACUGUCAAAGGGGGUACUUACUACCCAGUCACUGUUAAAAAGCACCUUCGUGCACAAGAAAUUGCCCAGCAGAACCACCUGCCAUGCAUUUACCUGGUGGAUUCUGGAGGAGCCAAUCUACCCAGACAGGCUGACGUCUUUCCAGACCGAGAUCACUUCGGACGCAUUUUCUACAACCAGGCUCGGAUGUCCUCAGAUGGAAUAGCACAGGUUGCUGUUGUGAUGGGCUCAUGCACUGCUGGAGGGGCAUAUGUACCUGCGAUGGCUGACGAGAGCAUCAUCGUGCAAAAGCAAGGAACCAUCUUUCUCGGAGGGCCUCCUCUGGUCAAAGCUGCUACUGGGGAAGAAGUUUCUGCUGAGGAUCUUGGCGGGGCUGAUCUCCACUGCAAAAAAUCUGGUGUGACAGACCACUACGCUUUAGAUGAUAACCAUGCACUCCAUUUAGCGAGGAAGACGAUACGAAGCCUCAACUACAGGAAGAAUAUUGAGGUUACCACUGAACCCACUGAAGCCCCUCUUUAUCCUGCCGAUGAGCUUUAUGGGAUAGUUGGAGAUAACUUGAAACGAAACUUUGAUGUCCGUGAGGUUAUUGCCAGAAUUGUUGAUGGCAGUAAAUUUGACGAGUUCAAGGCUUUUUAUGGAGACACGCUUGUUACAGGAUUUUCAAGAAUAUUUGGUUACCCUGUUGGAAUCAUCGGCAACAAUGGAGUCUUGUUUUCAGAGUCUGCAAAAAAGGGGACACAUUUCAUUGAGCUAUGCUGCCAGAGAAACAUUCCUCUUGUUUUCCUUCAAAACAUAACAGGUUUUAUGGUGGGACGAGAGUAUGAAGCAGGUGGAAUUGCCAAGGAUGGCGCUAAGAUGGUCACUGCUGUUGCCUGUGCCAAUGUACCCAAGGUUACUGUUAUCAUCGGAGGCUCCUAUGGUGCAGGCAACUAUGGCAUGUGUGGAAGAGCAUACAGCCCACGGUUCCUCUACAUGUGGCCAAAUUCCAGGAUUUCUGUGAUGGGCGGUGAGCAAGCAGCAACAGUCCUGGCUACCAUCACUAAAGAUCAGAGGGCUCGCGAGGGGAAGGAGUUCACAGCAGAACAAGAGGCAGCCAUGAAGGAACCAAUUAUUCGGCGGUUUGAAGAGGAAGGCAGCCCGUACUACUCCAGCGCCAGACUGUGGGACGACGGCAUCAUUGACCCUGCAGACACUCGCCUGGUUCUGGGACUGAGUCUCAGCGCAGCUCUCAAUGCACCAACCAAGAAGACGCAAUUCGGAGUCUUCAGGAUGUAACGCUCUAUUUAUAAUUGACUUUGUGCGGUUUUUUUUAAGUUUUUUUUUAUUUCCCACUUCAAAGGAACAGACAAAACGACUCAAGAGAUAUGAUGUGAUGAGGUUGAAAGACAUUUCCACCAUAAAGUUGUGCCUUAUUGUCGUUAUUCCAGUAUAAAUCCAACUGUUCUUAUAGAAAUAUUUAGUUGAUUCUACUUCAUCACAUACUGUAAAUAAAAACUAGAAAGGAUAAAAAAUGUUUCCUUUUUUCCUGACUUCUCAAAU